AUGAAGAGAUCACUUAGUGACAGAUAUCAAAACAUAUCAGAGCUUGAGCAGUCAUUGGCAAAAAUCAAAAUGCAGGGAAUCCAAGCAGUUUCACAGACGACUUUGGCUUCAUUGAGACGCAAGUAUGAGGCUCUUCAGUAUCAAUCUAACUUGACAACUUUAAAUUUCAUAUAUGAAGAGUGUGUGUCUUUAGCACAAGAAAUCAUUUCCAAUCCAAAAUCAGAGAGAAAUAACACAAAUAUACCAAACUAUGACUCUUUGGUUGAAGAAAUCCAAGCAAAACUAGAGAAUUCAAAGCAAAUUCUUGAAAAUACUAGAGAAAUUGAUAUAGCGUGAGCACGCUGCUGGCUCACUGUACUUCUCACAUAUCUUGAAUUGUCGGGGGAUUGGCUUUGCCUACAAAUAUUGGUAAAGCCAACUCUGGUAAUGACAAGUCUAUCAUAUCUGGUAGAUUUGUCAUUUCUGGAGUUGGUAUCGCCGACAUUUGUUGGCUAAAUAUAUCCCUCAAGCCUCUCAGGAGAUUUCGGGGCAUAGCAAGCCAAUAUAGUGCUCGCAGCAUAGGAUUUCUAAUGAAGCAUUUUUUAGUGUGGAACUGAUUCAGAGUCAAAUAUCGAAAAUUGAAAGAGAAAUCAACAAACUAAAAGAGAACGAAUUAGAGUCUAAAAGAAAAAUCAUGGAUUUAGCACCUUUGGAAUAUGAAAAUAGAGAAAAAUUAAAUGAGUUAAAAAGGGAAAAAAGCAGGUUGGAAUUAAGAUUAAAAGAAAUAGAAAAUCAUGUUGAGGAUAAAAUGAUAGAGCCAAAUACAGAAAUUUAUAUAGAAAAAAUCGAAAAAAUUGAAGCGUGUUUAAAAAAUAGGGAAAAUAAAAUUGUCCAGCUUGAAGAGCAAAUCCAUUUCAAAGAAAAAGAAAUUUCUAACCUUGUAAUUUUAAAAUAGAAAACCUCAUAUAUUUCUAUAAGUGGCGCAACCAAUAAAUUGCAACAAGAUGCUAAUGAUCUCUACAAAGCAUUUGAUACCGCUUUAAGUCUUGGCUUAAGCAUUAAAUGUGACACUAAUAAACUAAAAAACGAGCUAGAAACCAAAGAAAAGCAGCUGGAACUGAUGAAAUCUCAAUAUGAAACACGAAAAAUGGAAAUUGAAGACCAACUGUCAGAAAUUUUUAAAAUAGAAGAAAAUAUCCCAUGCAUUGAGUCAGAAAUCCAACGGAAAUCGUCAGUCUUACAGAGUGUAUGCAUAAUAUAGAUGAAAAAUGAUUUCUCUACAAAAAAUAGCCAAUUUCAAGAACUAAAAGAUAAAUUCAGCUCUACAAGAAAACCAUUCUAUGAAGCUUUAUUUGAGAAAGCCAAGUCUGAGAUUGAAAAGAAACAGAGUCAAAAAGUAAGAGAAAAUUAGCUUGAAAAAGAAAAAGCGAAAAUAAGGGAGGCGAAAGAAGUGGAGAAAAAUAAAGAGUUCAUUAAAAUCCAAAAUAGAUAUAGAUAA